AUGUCUAAAAAGCAAAAAAUAACUACACUUGAAUUAAAUAUUCAAUAUGAGAAUGAAUUAACUGAAGGCAGUUUUGAAGCUACUGAUAAUACCAUCGAUUUAACAGAAAAUACGUCAACUGAGCCAAUGGUCGAGCUAACAAAUACUAGUGAAGAAACUGAUCUUAACUCAGUUUCACUUUCUUCACGAGAACCCUCUUGGGUUUGGGAACAUUUUUCAAAG